CAUCGGUGCUGUUAGAGUAAGCGACUAACACUCACGCUCGGAACACAUGUCGUCGUCUCGUGGAUUCUAAAAUCAGACAAAAUGCGGAUAGAAAGGUGUUACUUCUGCUCCAAGAAAGUAUAUCCUGGACAUGGGAUACAGUUUGUGAGAAAUGACAGCAAGGUCUUCAAAUUCUGUAGUGGGCGCUGCAACAAACAUUUCAAGAGAAAGAGGAACCCCCGUCGCACCAAGUGGUCUGGGGUAUUCAGGAAGGCUUCCGGCAAGGAGCUCACUGUUGAUCCUGCCUUUGAAUUUGAGAAGAGGAGGAAUGUGCCUGUUAAGUACAACAGAGAGCUCUGGGAGAAGACCGUGGAUGCCAUGAAGCGAGCUGCAGAAAUCAAGGAGAAGCGAGAGAACCAUCACAUUAUGAACCGUCUUGUGCACUCCAAGGAGGUUGACAGAAUCAGGCACUUGUCAGUAGUCUACAAGCACUUAAAUGUACUCUACUCUCCAGCAGCAGGAUUGAGAAAGGGUAAUAAGGUACUGGAUGUUGAAGAGGCCAUGGAGGAUGAGGGUGUGAUGAACCCAUUGAAGGCCACUACAAAGAUGGUUGAAGCUAAGAUUCAGAAGCGGAAGCUCAUGGCUGAGGAAGCCAUGGAAGAGGAUGAGGGUGCCAUGAUAGAAGAGGAGGAUGAUGACUAAGAAAAGAGAGAUGUGAUAGUGAAAACAGAAAUGGUGAAUGUGGUGACAAUUAUGAUGUAGAUGAUGAAUAAACUUUUGGAUGAGAGAUGUU